AUGAAUGCCGGGGAUGAUGUCCACGACGAGUUCUCGUGGGCAGAUGUCAGUGUCGUCACGCUUCGCGACCGCUCCGGCCGUUCCGAGGCGACGUGCACUGCCGAGGAGUCGUCCGAUUGUUCGACGUCCGAAAGUGAUAUCGACGAGGAGUUCUUCGACCUGCAGGAGGACGACCGGGAAACCAAUGUGACGGAUGGCCUUGAUCCCCUGGACUUCUUUCCCACCGAAAAGGAGGCCAACCAGACCGAGAUCGCCUUGCCGAGUGUGGAGGAGGCCAAGGCUCAAAUCGAGAAGAUCAGAGCGAGGCGUCGGCACAUCUCUGAGAUUGCACAGCGCUACUCGGGUUCCCAAAGCCAUCAAGCUCGACCCGACAGCAGAGUCUGCCACAUGGAACAGGCAGCUGAGCAGCUGCCGCAAGUGCUACCGCGAGUCUUGCAGUCUGCUCUCCAAGAUCCCGUCGGCUUGUCCUUUGACAGUCUCCGGCAGAAAGGCAUCGAUGCAGAUUCGACCAAGCUGAAGGCAGGACUUGCGAGAGAGGAAACGCAGCGGGAGGAGCUUUGGAUGAAGUUCUUGUGUGGUAAUGAUGCGCCAGUUGGUGGUGAUGCUCUGCCAUCACCUGACGAGUUCUUCGGCACAAAAGGCUAUGUGUGA